GAGAGAUGAUGGAGGAUAGGGGAGGGAGGUUUUGUUUCCACAAGAGAAGCCACUUUUUGCUCUUCUAAUUGGAAGUUUUAUUUGUCAACGUUCUUCAUAAAGUGGCAUUAGCUGCUGUUCUAAUCUCAUCUAAAUCCAAACUCUCUCUCUUUUCUCUAAUUAUUAUAUUUCUAAAAUCUCAAACAUACAUGUAUAUAAAGAUUUAUAGAGACCGAUGAACUAAAAGUCUAACCAUCGCAUAAAAUCCAAACCCUUUAAUCUCUUUGUUCUUCUUCUUCUUCUUUCUCCAUGUCUGAUGAACACAAAGACCUCUACUACCAUGCUUCUUUCCAUGAAGAUCACUACGAUGUCAUCGAUGAAACUGGUGCUUAUAAUAGUCAAAAGCCUCUUUAUUCCAUUGCUGGUUCUUCUACUUAUGGGUCCUCACAUGGGUUUGAUCCUUCUUCUUACAUGAGCUUCACUGAGUGCUUACAUGGAUCCAUGGACUAUAACUCUCUCGCAAAAGCCUUUGGCAUGUCUCCUUCGUCUUCUGAACCUUUUUCUUCCAUAGAAGGCAAUCCAAAGCCUGUCGAAGUUGGAGAUUUAGGUGGAGGUGGUAACAGUACUGAAAAUCCGGUCACCCCAAAUUCUUCAGUUUCUUUCUCUUCAAGUGAGGCUGGUGGUGAAGAAGAUUCAGGAAAGGUCAAGAAAGAAAGCCCACCAAAAGGGUCUGAGCAGGAUGGAGGAGAAUGCUCCAAGAAAGAGGGCAAGACAAAGAAAAAAGGAGAGAAAAAGCAAAGAGAGCCAAGAUUUGCCUUCAUGACUAAGAGUGAGGUUGAUCAUCUGGAAGAUGGGUAUAGAUGGAGAAAGUAUGGACAGAAGGCUGUAAAGAAUAGUCCCUAUCCAAGGAGCUAUUACAGGUGCACUACUCAGAAAUGUACUGUGAAGAAACGAGUAGAGAGGUCAUUUCAAGAUCCAUCCAUUGUGAUAACAACAUAUGAAGGGCAACAUAAUCAUCCGCUCCCUGCAACGCUUAGAGGAAAUGCUGCAGCUAUGUUCUCACAUUCUAUGCUUACACCAGCUCCCAUAGGAACUUCUAGGCCUAACUUUCCUCAGGAUUUUUUGUUUCACAUGGCGCCCCACAUAAGCAACCAAGUUGGUGCUGGUGCAGGCUCUAUAUACCCGCAGAGUCUCAAUAAUAACCAACAUCUUCACCACCAGUAUCAGGUUCCAGACUAUGGACUCUUGCAAGACAUAGUCCCUUCUAUGUUCUUUAAACAAGAGCCCUGAAAUUAAGUCUCUUCCUUUCUGAGCAUCUGUACAUAUACAUACUUCAACUACUUAUUAGUUUUCAAUUAUCAUCAUUUUCCCCGACUUUUUAGCUAGGUAACUAUAUGUUACUUCUCUUCUUAAUCGAUCUUGAUUAAUACCCACUUCGAAUACUCCCAAGAAGUGGACUAUUUAUGGUAUCCUUUGGGGAUUGGAGGUGAUCAUGUGCUUGAUGAGAUGCUAUAUAGAUCAACAAUGAGAAAAAUGUCUUAAGAGAAUCCAAGAAGAUGAUGAGGUCAACCGGCAUAGCGGUUUUUCAAAAACCUAGCAUUAGGAGGUUGCAUUUGCAUGUGCUUGUACUGCUAUGCAAUCCCAUUGGAUGCUUUUAUUAUUGUAUGAAAAUGUAAGAUGAGAUCUUUCAGGGGAAUUUUUUUUUCUUUUCUUUUCUUUUCUUUGGUUUUUAAUUAUGAAUGAAAAGAAUUUCUCUCUCUCUCU